AUGGGAAGGAAAAUACCUGGAAGAAAACAUCGUGGCAUACGAGAUCCAGAAAAACAGGCUGCUGUUCGAUUCAAUGUUAUUAAAGACAAAAUUAAUGCACCACCGUCUAAUCCAGAUGAUCAGGCAAUACCAAAAAGUCUUCAUAAAUUCAUAGAAUUGAAAAAUAAAGUCAAAACUGGAGUCUUCAACAUAAAACGCAAAAAUAAAAAGAAAAAGAGUCAAGUCUCAAACGAAAAUGAUAUACUUUUAUCAAAAAACGAGCAAUCUGUUGGAAAACCUGAAAAGCCUAUUCCUGUUUUUAAACAGCUUCAUGGAGAAUCAGAUAGAGAGUUUGUGAAACGCAUGAAUAGAAUUUGUAUAAGUGUGACUAAAGAAGCUGAGUUUGAACAAAAAUAUGGAGUCGACAUUAAGAGAAAUGAAGAUGGAGAGAUUGAAGGUGUUCUCAAAAGGCCUAAGGAUGAAUUGGAACUGAUGGUGAAGAAGUUAAAAAAUGAUAAAAAAGAAAAGAAAAAUAAAAGAAAAAAGGAGAAGUUGGCUGAAAAUGGCACUACCAUACCCAGAUUGACCAAAUCACAAAAGAGACAGAACAAGUUGAAAGAUAAGAAGAUGAGAAAACAGCAACAAAAUGCUGAUGGAUUUGAGAAGUAUAAAGACAAUGUGAAAUUUGGGGAAAUUGUACAUGCACCUCCAUCAUUGACAGCUCCUAGAAGAGCAGAGAAACUCCUAAAUGCCCCAAGGCCUGGCAAAAAAAGUUUGUUACUGAAUAACUUGAUGCAAACAAAGGAUGAGGACAGAACUCCACUAAUUUCGAAGACCAAAGAAGUAAUCCGAAAGACUACUAGUAAAACAAUAGACAAGAAAGGAAAAAGAAAGGCGUUACCACAUGCACUGAGGAGACAACUAGACAAACAACAAAAAGAAAUUAUAAGUGCAUAUAAGGAAUUAAAAUCAAAGAUGCAUAAAACUUAGUGA